AUGCACAAACGUGGCCUGAAGUUUGGAAUUUAUGAGGAUUACGGUAAUUUCACCUGCGCUGGAUACCCAGGUAUUCUUGGACACCUUCAGACAGAUGCAGAAACCUUUGCCGAAUGGGGAGUCGACUACGUGAAGCUUGAUGGCUGUUACUCCCAUCCUACAGACAUGGACAGAGGCUACCCCCUCUUUGGUUUCUACUUGAACCAAACUCAACGCCCCAUGGUCUACUCCUGCUCUUGGCCGGUCUACCAGACAUAUUCCGGCAUGACGCCAAACUACAGUGCUAUCAUUAACACCUGCAAUCUAUGGAGGAACUUUGACGAUAUCCAAGAUUCCUGGGAGUCUGUUCAGAGGAUCAUUGACUACUACGGUGACAACCAAGAUGAGAUCGUGCCAAAUGCUGGACCUGGACACUGGAAUGAUCCCGACAUGUUGAUCAUUGGCAACUUUGGGCUCAGCUAUGAGCAGUCCAAAUCCCAAAUGGCAAUGUGGGCCAUCUUUGCUGCCCCGUUGCUCAUGUCAGUAGACUUGAGGACAAUCAGACCAGAGUACAAGGCCAUUCUGCAGAAUCAAGCUGUAAUUGCUGUUAAUCAGGAUCCUCUUGGCAUUCAAGGAAAGAGAAUAUAUAAGGACAAGGGCAUUGAGAUUUGGGCUCGUCCAAUUUCCCCAAUCUCUCAGGGUCACUAUUCCUAUGCUAUUGCUUUUCUGAACAGACGAACUGAUGGAACACCUUCAGAGGUUUCUGUAACUCUGCGAGAGUUAGGUCUUGCCUUCCCUGGUGGAUAUGCGAUAACAGACCUGUUCGAUGGUGUCCAGUAUGGAACAGUCCUACCAGACAAGCGAUUCAAAGUAGACGUGAAUCCCUCUGGUGUCGUGCUGGUGAGAUGUGAGGUUGUGAAGACUACUGGAUUUGGCUCUGAUGUUAGAGCUCCAGUCAAUCCUGCUCAGCCACAGAGUGCUUUCAGGAACCCUUUUAACAACCAGCUGUUUAAUCCAUUUGGAUAACCAUGUUGUGUAGUUUAGGUUGUUAUUACACAAAACUCAUGUGAAGGUCAUUCCAGUAUCUAUAGUAUUUUUUUUUCCAUAUCUUUUCCUCCCCCUCUUUUCAUAAAUGAAUUUCUUAUUUAUAGUUGCAUUUGCUAUGAAGUUUGAAAUGGUGUUCAAAGAACAAUUUUGCAUUUUAAGUUCUUAGAUCUUAAGCCCCAGAUUUAUUGUGAUUUCUUUACAAAUGCAACAUGGAUCUCAUACCUUGCAAAGAAAUUGAUACCAUUUCUUACAUACAAUAAUUGAUUAUAAAAAAGUAUCUAAUCCUUUUAUGACAAAGGCUGGAGUUGAGCAUCAAAAAUGUUUUCAUUUAUGGUUCAGAAUGUGUUAACAAUGAUUUGUGUAACCUACUUAAUACCACAAGCUUGGAAUCACACAGUAUAACUUAUAUAAAACGUAUUUCUUGUGGUUGUAGUUACUGCAUUAUUUAUAUAUAUUUGCAAAUAUAUAUAUAUUUUUUUUUUUUUACAAAGAUGAACAAAUAUGGUUAUAAAAGCUGUUGCAUUUUUGUCUGUUGGUAGUCCUUGUAUGAUAGUUUAUAGUGUGAUAAAUGGUGAUCCAUAUCUUAUAAAUAGAAGCUACAAAUUCUGAGAUACACAAAGUGCAAGGUGCAUUUCUUGUUCAUCAGAGCAUGAAGAAUAACCCUUAAAGAUUAGUUAGUGAAUUCUCAGUUUCAAUACUACAUUGAUGUUAUGGGCAUGUUAACAUCAGCAGGUGUAAAUUUUUUAUUGGUGCUGCUAUAUGUGGUUUUGACAUUUUAUAUUGUUUGAUAGUUUCAUUUGCAUUGACACUGAAAAUGUUCACCUGUAUUUUCAUUCAUUGUUAUUAAUCAAUAUUGUAAACAAGUUGAGACAUUUUAUCAUUUGUAUUAAUAUUUAAAUUUACCUCUUGUCUUUGACAUACACACCUUCCAUGUUAUGUUUAAGUACAAGUAAAUAUAUUAUAAUUCA